AUGUCCUCGAAACACUUCAUCAACGACCCCACGCACCUCGUCACAACCGCUCUCCAUUCUCUCACACUCACCAACCCAGGCCUCGCUCUCGACGCCCCCAACAAGGUCAUCUACCGUCGUCCCGGCUAUGGACCCUCUUCCCAGCGCGUCCACAUCAUCUCCGGCGGCGGUUCCGGCCACGAGCCGUCCUUCGCCAGCAUGGUCGGCCCAGGUCUCCUGAGCGCCGCCGUAGCCGGCACCAUCUUUGCCAGUCCUAGUGCCGAGCAAGUGCGCGCGGCCAUUAUGAACCGGGUAGACCACGGCCAAAACGGCCAGGGAGGCGGCGUCCUGGUGACAGUCAUGAACUACACGGGGGACGUCCUCAAUUUUGGCAUGGGCGUGGAAAAAGCCCGCGCGGCGGGCGUGCCGGUGGAGAUGGUGGUUGUUGGCGAUGAUGUGGGGGUGGGUCGCGCGCAGGCUGGGAAGGUUGGGCGUCGGGGUAUUGCGGGUACUGUGCUGGUGCAUAAGAUUAGUGGUGCGCUGGCUGCGCAGGGCCGGUCGUUGGGUGAGGUGGCUAAGGUUGCUCGCUUGGUGGCGGAGAAUCUGGUCAGUGUUGGUGCGAGUCUGGAGCAUGUCCAUGUGCCUGGCAGGGCGCGGCCGGGUGAUAGUGAUGAAGGGAAGCUGGGGGAUGGGGAGGUUGAGAUUGGCAUGGGUAUUCACAAUGAACAAGGGUCCGGCCGGGAGGUGGUUGAGCUGCCAGAACUGGUGAGCAAGAUGUUGGCGCAGAUGCUGGACCGCGAGGACAAGGACCGGGCAUUUGUGCAUGUCAACUCCAAUGAAGUGGUACUCUUGGUAAACAACCUAGGGGGGGUCAGCGUGCUGGAACUGGGCGGGAUCGUGGCCGAGGUGGUGGCGCAGCUUGAGAAGAAGUACCGCAUCCGUCCUGUGCGCGUUCUUAGCGGGACCUUCAUGACGAGUCUCAACGGGUUGGGGUUCAGCAUUUCGCUUUUGAAUGUGGUGAACACCGACAUUGGCGGGCCGGGCAUGAUUGAGUUGCUCGACCACCCUUCUGAGGCCGUUGGGUGGUCGACUCCCAUCUCGAAGCAGACGUGGGAGGAGAAGAACACGGCGACCCGAGAGCAGGAUGCAUCGGUCGGCGGUGAGAUCGAAACUAGCGGGUUGAAGUUCGACGGCCCAGCGGCGCAGAAAACAAUCACCCGGGCUCUAGAAGCUGUCGUUGCCGUUGAGCCUGAGGUCACGCGGUAUGAUACCGUCGUGGGAGACGGGGACUGCGGGAUUGGUUUGAAGAGGGGUGCUGAGGCCAUCCUCAACCACCUCGAAGCUCGCCCCCUCUCCGGCGACGCCGUCGUCGACCUAGCCCACAUCGUCCCCGUCGUCGAGAAAGAAAUGGACGGCACCUCCGGCGCGCUGUACGCCAUCUUCCUCAACGCCCUCCUCGCGUCGCUCAAAUCGCACGGCCAAAACCCAGCUGACGCCUCCCAGCCCGCCGUCUGGGCCACCGCCCUCCGCGACAGCUGCGACGCCCUCGCCCAGUACACACCGGCACGACCCGGCGACCGCACCCUGGUGGACGCGCUCUAUCCGUUUGUUGAGGUGCUGCAGCGGACGGGAGAUGUGAGGCAAGCGGCCGAGGCGGCGCAGAACGCGGCUGAGGGUACCAAGGGCAUGAGGGCGAGCCUGGGGCGGACGGUGUACAUUGGCGGGUCGGGGUUUGAGCAGGUGCCGGAUCCGGGAGCGUGGGGGCUGGCGAGCUUCUUUUUGGGGCUGGCUGGGAUCAAGAGGGUGGAUGAGGGGUGGGAGAGGGUGUGA